UGGCAUGCCAAGGAGAACUAACAACGACCAGGAGAUAUUUCACCGCCAUUUAAACACUAUCAUGAAUAGUCCACGUCCUGGUAUUUGGCAUUUUACCAAAACAUUAGUCAAAAUUGAACAAGAAUAUGGCACAAGAUAUGAAAGGAUGCAAAGCAGACCAGCUCUAAGAGCCCGGCGUCGAGCUUAUGUUCAAAUCGAUAAAAAAAUCAGCGAAGCCACUGAACGGUUGGCCCAGGGCAGGAUUUCUGUUAAAGAAUUUCUCCUCUACACUGGGCAUUUGGCUUAUGAUGCAGAACGAAGGCGUGGAGUGGGGAACGUAGGAAUUGUUCCACCCCAAAUCGUGGAAACUAUUGAAGAACAAAUUCCUACUGUAAAUGUGGAAGACAACGUUGUUGGAGGUUUUGAUAGACAAAAUGAAUUAAGAGAAUUGAUUUUACAACAACAAAAUCGCAUAAGGGAGAUGGCAGAAGAACAGGAUAAUGCAUUAAAUAUUUUUAACGAGGAUGAUGAUCCGGUGUUCAUUGCUAUGGCGGAAAUUGAGGAACAGAGGAGGGCUCAAGACAGGGAAAACAUCCCUCAUGUUCCUCUCGAUAUCAAUGGAGUUGAACCAAGACCCGCCGAUUGCUGCGUUAUUUGUUUAAGCAAUGUCAACAGCCACGCAUGCAUUCCUUGUGGACACAAAUGCUUGUGUAGAGAUUGCUUGGGCAAUUUAAUCCACAACCGUUGCCCUAUUUGUAACAUCGAAACCACAUUAAUCGUACAAAUAUUUUAAAGUAUUGAUUUUUCCAGGUUCAGAGAAUUCCAUGAUGAUUAAAUAGAUUUGUUUUUCAUUAAUUUU